GAGUGCAGAUUUCGAAAGCAGCGUCCAAUGACAAGAUGGCUUUAGUCAACACUCCUUGCAAACAGUGCCAGAAACUCACUGUCGACCGUGGCUUACCCGGACGCAGUGAGGAAGAUUGGGUGCUUCAGAUUGACGUGCCAUACCAUCUAAAAGAUACAACACCUGACUUCCCAGGUCUUUUGACCUCGUUGAAUAAUGGUUGCAGCCUCUGCGGGCUGUUGAGGAAUGUUUUCUUGUUCAAGUUCGCAGAAAGUCGUUCUCCAAAGAACGGAGAAGUAAACAUUUCCGCAAGUUAUGGUUGUCAGUUGGAACUACCGAUUUACAAUAACCUGACAUUUGAAGUGGAUGGAGCAUGGAAAUCUAAGGCGACUUUUGUCCUGUAUGCAGAAUAUGGCGAUGGUGGAAACACUGCUUCGAGAUACUUCAUGGUUCGUCCAGGAUCACGAACAUGGAGUUAUGAUGCUAUCAACAUUGCAAAUACGUGGUUGAGAAUGUGUGACAAGCAUGAUACUUGUCAAGAUACGACGCCUAAUAUCCUUCCCACAAGGGUUAUAGAUGUCCAAAGCUCGCCUCCUAAGCUUGUCAUGGGCAAUGGAAUUAUCGGUAAAUAUGUGACCUUGAGCCACUGCUGGGGAAUAUCCAAAGAACACCCAUUUGAAGCUCAAUAUACAAGUCAAACAUCAACUCUGUCGUCUCGAAUGGAAGGAAUGCUCUUGGAAGAUUUGCCCGCCACGUUUAGGGACGCUGUCAUCGCUACUCGUGACCUGGGAUUUCAAUAUUUGUGGAUCGAUUCAAUUUGUAUUCUGCAAGACUCCAUUCCUGAUAAGUCUGUAGAAAUCGCACGGAUGGGCGAUGUAUACGGAAAUGCGGCGUUAUGUAUUUGCGCCACGUCUGGAAUCAAUAGCAAGUCCGGCUUCCUGCCCCCUUAUCCAUCAUUGCAGCCAUCAGUCAAACUACCUUUCCACUCGAUGAAUAACGAGCCUGGAUCCUACAUUCUGUUCAGUCAAGAUCUGUAUGAGUCACAAAAUCAAUUCCCCAUUGAUUGGGUGUGGGACAUUCAUCAAAGGAGCAUCUGGAAUACCAGGGCGUGGACGUUACAAGAACGUGUUCUUUCUCCCCGGAUUCUACACUUUACCUGCGGGAGGAUGUAUUUCGAAUGUGCAAAGGGAUUCUUCAUGGAGACAAGCCCCGAACAAGAACUCACAGAGAAUGAUCUUGCAGGCUUACGAGUAGAAGCUGGCUUCAUAAAAGCCCGACGCCUCGGACAUGCGACUGAACUCGAUUCUAAUAAUCUUAGUUUCGACGCACUUGUACGGCUUUACUACAAUCUGGUGGAUCAGUACUGUCAGCGCGACUUAUCGUAUUCUUCAGAUAAAGAAGCUGCUUUUGCAGCUUGUUCUGCAUUGUUUCAGAAACGCCUCGGAUUUCAUACAAAUGUUUUUGGCACAUUUCUCGAGGAUCUUCCUAGAUGCUUAAUGUGGAUCCCUCUCGGAAACUCCACCCUCGACUCAAGCUGGCCCUCUUGGUCAUGGUGUUCCCACCAACACCUCUCAUUCUACCAGGGGAUUUUCCACAUGGAAGACUCCGAAGUGCACAAUACAGACCAAGAGCUCUCCCACGAAUCCAAUCACGAAUACAUACCCGCAACCGACUCCCAACCCCCAAUACUUCGUCUUCACGCAUUUGCAAAAGGCCCAGGUAAGCUCACAUGGAAGAAAUCGUACCCCGCGAGCGUCAAAUUUUCAAUCAUGGGCCACGACUAUGAUCUAGAACAUGCCGAUAUAACAAAUCAUUCUGCAAUCGACAGAAACGACCUCUGGCUUUUGAACUUUUGCAAACUCGGUGCCAAGUCCAGCCCAAUCUCCGGUUUGAUUCUACAACCUGCUGUAGAAUCAGGUCGCGACCAUUAUCGCCGAGUAGGAGUUUACCGAUUGAAGAAUGCCGAGGACUCAGAAAAGCUGUUUCAAACAGAAACGCGACAAUGGAUGAAUCUAGUCUGACCUCACAAAUUCAAACACAUCUAUCCAAUUUCAAAUAAUUAUCAUGCGAUCUUAUCACGUGGCUACUGCCAUGAAUGAAAGAUGCGAAUUACCUUCUGACACUGCAGAAUACAGAGUACAAGCUAUCAGAUGAUAUAUCUUCCACAACACAGGCUCGAUUUAAUCUCCGUUGGAAUGAAGGAUAGAAAGUAUAGUGCUAGUCUAGAGUCUGAUCGACACACAUCAGAUAUAUCCAGAGAACAAUAAUAACAUAUACCAAGUCCCCUCUUCCCCAAUCCCACA